GCCAUCGCCUUUGCUGACACAGUACCCCUGCCCUACGGGAAAAAUGCGCUAUGCUAUUUGGGGACUUUGGAGGAAACGGGCGGAAUCUCAAGCUCUCAAGUUCAAGCUGAACUCUCUCAACUCGAAACUAUAUAACGCGGCCGAUCCUCUCAAUCUCAAUGCCUCUUCAUCUCCCUUAUGUUUUCUACAGCUUUUCACAAUGCUCGCUACGCAGGGUGGCCCCAGCCCCCAGUGCAGCUUCCCUAUGUUACUUCACCUCAGUCAACUGCACGGCAUGAGGCUGCUGUAGUAAACAAUAUCGCCUCGCAUCGUCCGCAGGUUAACGCUGCCCAUACCCAGUCUUCAAGUUAUUCUGUACAUCCCCAAUAUGAACCCCCCUCACGCAUGAAUUUGGCGGUACAAGCAUCCCCAGAUACAAUAAGUCCUGUCGACCACAACGUCCCCAGUUCGCAGCCAUGGAAUAGUAGCGCUCGCGUUCCAUUUAUCCAAGGUGCUGUUGAUAUGCACGCCAGGACUCGACACGAUAAAGAGAACAUGCGGCUCAUAUAUGAUCAUUCUGUGCCACCAACAGUGUCAUCAAACGUCAAUGAAACCCAAAAUGCCUAUCCCCACCCAUUUCUCUCGAUGCCAUUCGUGCCAAUAAUGUAUGACCUGCGCUUCCCGCCUACAUCCCUCACCUUUCCUUUGUCAUCUUUAUAUGCAGGCUGCGGGUACGAGCUACUCUUCGUCCCACUUACCCCAGAACGACCUAGACAGAUACGGCUCAUCAGCCCAGACUUUCCCUGGACAUUUGACAUCGGUCCUGACCCUAGUGCCGGGGAAGAAGGCCUGACGUGUCUUGAUGUUCUCGCUACCCUCCAUGCUGCAUUGCAGCGCCCACUCACGGACACGGAGUGGGGCACCGCUGGACACGAUAGGCGCGCGAGUCUUAUCAGAGCACGUGAUUGUCGCCCAAUGAUACAACCUGCAUUGCAGGGGAGUUCGAAUUCUGCGGCACGCACCAGGCCAACAGUGAGAUUUGCACCCAGCGCAUUAGUGCCAAAUCAUAUGUCCAUGCAGCGAGAGAGGUUACUGCUCCAUGUUGAUUGGCUUGGAUCUCGUGUUGCGUUCGCGGGGCUUAUGAAAGAUGAAGCAUUUGCGAAGAACAUACUCAUUCCGGGUGGUGGGGAGCCACCUGAGACAUGGGUGGUGAGGUUUCAGAGGUUCUGA